UUGUUCUGAACAUUACUCGUCUUUCGAGUCUCAUUACUUCCCCCCCUCUUUGAACUCACCUCUUGCCUCAUCUCGUUGUCAUCUCACAUCGAACUCAGCCACUAGUCUUCAACAAUCGCACAACCACUUCCAUCAUGGUUGAGGACAACCCCGGGUCCAUCGUCGUGGCCGCUCUACGUCGCCCGGAGAAUCCGCAUAUUGCAACAAAAAGCAUGAACAAUAUCGAAACACGCCCGUGUCCGAAGCGAAAGCGCGCUGCCAUGUCCAGAGAGAACCAGGGGGUCACGGCUGUUGGAACAAGAACGUCGAAGAGACUAGCAAUCAACAGACCAUCAUUCUUCUCUCUUCCCGCCGAGUUACGUAACGUCAUCUACGAGGCCGCCCUGAUCCAAGACUCCCCGAUUGAGAUCUUGGAACGCAGAAUAUGCGUCAUUCAGGCCGAAGCCCAGCUCUUCCGGGUCUCCAAGGGCGUCCGAUGUGAGGCCCUGCCCUACUUCUUCAGCUCCAACACGUUCAGCUUCGACGACAUGGAGGUUCUGGAAAACUGGCUGCAGCGCAUCGGCCGGGAUGGCCGCAUGUUCCUGCGGCGGAUCGAGUUCCACGAGGAUCAGUAUCCCCACAUUGGUCGGCCCGGGGGGCCUAGGUGGAGCUGCGCGCCCUUCUCCGAGAACCCCUCGCAAGGCUCCCACAGGCAGGCGACGAGGAGGGUCUCCAGGCUCCUGGUCGACGCCGCCGCCAGCCUGCAGAGGCUGAAAGUGCGGUACUGCUACUGCUCCUGCAGAAUGGGCGAGCUCCUGCAGCUCCUGCAUACCGUCCGCACCCGCCCGUCCCUCGACCCCGUCACCUCCCUACCGGCCUUCUUCGAGGAGCCGGCCAGGCGCAAAGCCGCCGAAAUCGCCGACAUCAUGUACAGGGACUUCAAGACGUUCUUCGCGGCCGCGCUGGACCGCGGCCGGCUACCGGCAGAGCUGGCCCGACGGUUCGUGGUCGGCGGUUCCAACUUUGAGUGGUACCCGCCGCGGCUGGUAUUCGUCGUCGGCGCCGAGGGACAACAGACGACAGUUGCGCAAGAGGCUGUGGCGCGGUACUUGGAGGUGCUCCUGCAGAAUUAUAGCAAAUACAGAAGAGCCAGGUGCAAUAAAUAUGCAAACCUGAGGCAGAUGGCAACGUUGUGGCUAUCUAGGUGA